AUGUGUACACAGCUGCAACAGCUGGACUUGCUUUCUUGCUUCACUGGGGCACGAACACGUGGAGCCACUUUGGAAGACAAGGUGCAACCAUGGGCAGGAGUCGCAGCCGUCGGCGCAGCCGCCGAAGGGCUUCGAGGCGAGGACGAUGUCGGGGACGCUCCGUAUCGUUUGGAUCUUUUGCCAGGAAGACGACAGGAUCCCUAUCCGACCUUCGACCUUUUAGUGGAGGAGGAUGGAAAGGAGGAUGGCAAGGAGGUUGUACCACAUGUGUGUUCCAAACCUGGAGAGGCCUACGUCAUCCGGGUCACCAACUCUUCCCGACGCCACAUCGCCUGUGCGGUGACUGUGGACGGGGAGAACGCGUUAUUGAAAGAUGGAAGUCUCAUCGUGGCACCUAAAGACGCUCGAGAGCUGCAGGGCUACUUGGUCUCUAAGAACUUCAUUGGGAAGGAAUAUGUCAAGGAGUACCGCGACUUCCUCUUCAGCACUCCGAAGGUCAUCGAAGCGCAGAAGGGCGAUGAGUCCGAGAUUCCUUACACCACGUACGGCCGCAUCGUUUGCGAGGUCUACGAGGCGGUGCUGGAUGAAGAGGUGAGGGCACUACCGCGGAGCCGGGCUGCACGGCAGCUCCGAGCAGCGCGUGGUGCCGGAGGGGCCGCUCGGCAGCUGCGAUCGAGAGAUGUCGAUCGCGGUGAGUCGAAGGGAUUGAGAUCGAUUGAGGGUGAGGGCUAA